AUUAAAAGAUAAAUGGUGGGUUUUGGAACUUGUGAUAAGUCUGAGCCAGCUGUGAACAGCGACGGAACCAGCUGGAGUAUUCAUUCUCUAAGCGGAGAUGAACGGUUGAGAUUAAAAGUAUCGACCAGUUCUUUGAUUGGCUGAUCUCACUCGCUUCCCAACUCAAUUUCUCACGUGAUCCGCACGCGCAGGCUCUGAGUAGUAAAUUUCUUACAGUAAAUGGAUUGAUUGGUUGGACAAAAAAAAAUGGAUUGGUGACCACAAAAAUCAUUCAUUCUAAAGAAUGUUUUAGGGGAGAAGAGGAAAACAAGAUUUGUUGUUAGAACAACGAGUAACGAGCGUGUCUCACUACGAAUAUUCUGGUUCCGUAAUGCCACUUAAUAAAUAUUUUUUUGUCAUUUUAGCAAAAAAAAAAAUAUUUUUUUGUCAACUUUGUGUGUGUCGCCACUUAAUUUUUUCAUUAUCCAAAUUUGUAUAUUCAUUUUUUAUGCUAAAGCAAAAAUCCACUUUGAAUUUGACGUGCUAUGUACAAUCUUUGUAUUCCGAAUAUAAUACGUUGCACAACUACUUUGGUAUAAAACUGAAAAUAUUCUGUUUUAUUUUGGGAAAUUUGAACCAAUAACCAACAAAAAAAUUAUAUUUCACUAACUAACCAUUUCCUUCCAUCUCUCCUUCUUUUUCUUCCUAUCUCUCUCUACUCUCUUACUACAAAACUAAUAUUUCUUCCAAUAUAGUUAUUCAACAAAUUAACCCUUUUAUUUUCUGUGUGCGUGGAGGAAGAUACUCUACAUUAUCUAGAUGUUUAAAUAACGGCGAGCCCAAAAAGAUUGAUUAAAUUUAAGAAAGUAAACGUUUGUUGUGUGAAUUAACUAAUGUUAGGUUUCAACUGGUCCAUGGGAAAUGUUGUGGUUAACAAAGGAAUAAAGAACCAAACCUUAUAUGAUUAUUUGAGUCCUUUAUAUUCACUAUAAGCACUACUGUUGUCUGCCAUGUACCCAUUAAGAAACCAAAGGACUACAAUAAGAGGAAGGGUUAAGAUGGAUGAAGGAUUAAGAAUGUGGUUUGGUACAAGAUAGCAAAUUUUAAACAGGAGUAAUUGGAAUAAUUUUGCAAUUUUAGCCUCAAUGUUGCAGUACAUGUAAAAACGUUUUUGGAUGAAUACAAUCCCUUUCUUAUUAAAAGAGAAACACUCUUAAAAAUAAACCUUUAACCCAUGUGUGAUUUACAAGAGUGCCAUUUCCUAUGUGGCAUUCUCUCAUGCACUCUCACAAACUUUAUAAAAAAACCCAUUCUUUACUAGAUUAAUUACCAACAUAUGCCAUUCCUAAUAUGCAUUAUAAUAUAUGUUUACAACCCGAAUUGAUACAUAUGAAACUGGAAAUUAAAGCACGCAGUAAAUUGAUUGUUUUGUAAAAGGCAACAAACUUAUGAGGCGACUAAUAUUAAGGUAACGUAAUUAUGACCAAUUUUGUUCACGUAUGUUAUCAUUAUAUGAAAUUAAACCUAUUGUCUGCAUGCACUUAUAUUGCAACGUUUGAAGAACAAUUCCUAUCACCCAAGUCAACAUUUCUUGAUCAUUUAUAUGCAACAUUUUAUGAACAGCCUUUUACGCAUUCAAAUCGUAUUAAGCUUAGGGAAGAAUUUUAUGAACAUUUUAUGAUCAUUCCUUAUGAAAAGCCUUUUAAAAAUAAAAGAAUUUUAUGAACAUUUUCUUUAUAAAGUAACGCAUUCAAAAAAAAGGAAACAACAUUCAUAAGAAAGGAAACAAACUGAUCACACGAUUCCAAAUUAUUAUACACGAUAAUUUGGUCAAAUAUUAAGUAAACACAAUAAUAUUGUGUACAUAUAAAAGGAAACAACAAUCAAAUAUAUUAACUUAAUUACCAUAACCGAUCGACGAAUAUUGUUGAUUGAUUUUGGCGUGACCUUCACGGAACUAUUAGUGAACAUAACAUAUAAACGCAUCACGAAAUAACCAUAUAAGGUAAGUCGUAUAUACGGGCUUAAAGAGUAGCAUUAAUGUUCGUAUCGUGUAUGCAACAUUGCGUGAUGAGUAAAAACCUAUGCUCUGUUUUGAUAUAAAUAUUAGAGCAAUUCGUAUCCAUCUCCUCACCAUUACCUCUUUCUCUAAAGUCCUUAAGCACCCGAUACAAGCAAACACAAAAUACACAAAUGGCAGGUUUUAACUCUGUUGCCGACUUGAAACCCUUUAAGACCAUGUGGAGAGUGAAAGUGAGCAUUGUGAGGCUGUGGAAGCAAUACUCUGCUGCUGGAGGACUGACCAUUGAAAUGGUUAUCAUUGAUUCCAAUGGAGAUAAGAUCCAUGCGACUGUGAAGAAAGAAUUGGUUAACCAGUUCGAUCACCAGCUUGAGCAGGGGAAAACUCUGACCCUCACUAAUUUCUCUCUGAAUCAUUCGGUUGGCUCAUACCGGACGACAAACCAUCUAUACAAGAUCAGUUUGUUGGCCACAACGCGUGUGAGAAGUUGCGAGGCUUUGCCUGUAGGUUUAAAUGGUUUUACACCCGUGAACUUCCAGGAAGUUCUCGAUGGUAGUCUUAACCCCGACUUUCUAAUUGAUGUAAUCGGACAUGUUGUGGAAGUUAGCCAUGUUGAGAUGAUUCACGUGAACGGAAAGGAAACCCAGAAGAUUUCACUUGAGCUACGUGAUCUUGCGGAUGUCCGUCUUCCUAUGGUCUUGUGGGGAAACUUUGCUGAUCAAGUCACGAACGCUAUACAGUUGCGUGGUGAGGGUCGUCUGAUCUUGGUGUUGAGAUUCGGCAAGAUUAAGGUUUGGAAAGAGGAUCGUUCCGUUUCAAACGCUUACAAUGUCUCUGACGUUCAGCUCAAUCCAAACAUGGCGGAGGUCGAAGCUUUUAGGGCAAUGUUACCAGCUGAUGAACUUCAAUUGGCUAUUGUUGAACCAAAGCCAUUAACUCUGGCUUCUGGUGUCUCUGUGAAAGAUGAUUUUUUCAUUCACACUCCAAGAAAAACCAUCGCUGAGAUGAUUGAAUGUCGUCAGGUGGAGAAGUGUAUUGUUAUGUGCACCAUUUCGGCCAUUGAAACGGACAUGGGGUGGUACUACUUAAGUUGUAAACCCUGUGACAAAAAAGUUAUGUACAUGCCCCCUCUUGUGGCUGGUGAUCACGAAGAUGAUGACCUCCAAAAGUUUAAACUCUACUGCCCUAAGUGCAAGAGUUACGAACCUAAGCUCCUUCCAAGGUACAAGUUGCAUUUGGUUGUUCUUGACCAUACUGGUAAUUCCAAGUUCCUCCUAUUUGACCAUCUUGCUCUGCAAUUGGUUAAUCAACCUUGCAUUGAGCUAACCGGUCCGAUUACUGAUGAGGUACAGGACCCGGAUGUUCUACCUCUGGCUUUGCAAAACCUGAUUGGUAAGACCUAUUUGUUCAAGGUGGAAAUUAUGCGAGAAAACUUUGUGUACAAGCAUGACACCUUCAAAGUGAACAAGAUAAUCACCAAUCUCGCUAUUAUCAAUGAGUUUGACACACCCAAGGCCCCAAAGGAACCAAGCACGCAGAUCAGUAGGGGCCAUGAAUAUUCGAUUGUCUCCGACGCACCAGAGGGAUCCUUAAUGUUGUUGGAAGAAGGGUCGUCGCAGGAAGGCUUUCCGAGUGAGCUAACCCCUGCUAAGCGUCGAGGAGGACCUGCCGUGAAUCUGGAGGAAGAGUUUGAUCAGAACUCGGUUACAAAAACCGGCAUCAGUACACGAGUCAAGAAGGAGAAGGUUGACAAAAGUGGCUAGGACUUGAAAUAUUAAGAAGAUUUCUGAGAGGCUUUCGCUUUCGCUUGGUUUUAUUAAACUUUUAGACAUUUCAGUUUAUGUUUUCUUUUCUUCUGGUUUUUCCAUUUUUAUAUUAUUAUGCAUCGGUUUUACCUUGCUGUAUUACCGUUAAGUUUUAAUAGAAAGCCUCUUUAUUAUUA